GAUGCUCAUGAGGAAAACAUAAAAUGAAAAUGAGGAAGCCUUUCCUUUGAAACUGAUUCCCUCUUCCCCUUUGGCUGUACCUUUGUCCUGCUGCAUUUGUGGUUCCAGAGGAGACGGGUCACCCCCUCAACCCACCUUUUGGCAAAACAGAUUCGAUCGCCAACUGGCUCCACCCCACCAUGUACCAUUUAUAAGCACACCAACAUGGCUGUCUCUUGCAUGAACCAUCGCUAGCUUCAUGAUCUAAACCCCCUCUGUUUUCUUAAUUUCCUUCACCAAUAUUCACCAUAAUUAUUCUUUUUUAAUGGCUUCAAGCUCUCUCAGACAGCAAAACUCUGGCUCCUCCUGGACAGCUGAGCAGAACAAACGGUUUGAAAGGGCACUGGCGUUGUACGACCAGGACACCGCCGACCGGUGGCAGAAUGUAGCAAAGGCUGUCGGUGGGAAGACGGCGGAGGAAGUGAAAAGACACUAUGAAAUCCUUUUGGAGGAUCUCAGGCAUAUCGAGUGUGGUCUUGUUCCUAUUCCCAAGUACAGGUCCAAUGGAAGCAGAAACAAUCUUGAUGAAGAAGAGAGGCUUUUGAAGUAUCUUAAGCUGCGGUAAAGUCCAAGCUAGCCACGGCCACGUUUUAGGAUCAAGUCUUAAUUAAGUUAAUCUGUGUAUCUUUAAUUUGUAUGAAAAUCUCUCUCUCUCUCUCGGUCAUUAUUGGACCGUCCUAAAUGUAAUAAAAUAUUAUCCAUAUUAAUUAGAAACGAAUUAAGUUU